UUCACGCUUCUCAACCCAACCCCCUACGCCCCCACCCGGCCUUUCCCUCUCUCUCUCUCUCUCACGGAAAAGGCAUUUUGCAAGUUAGAAUCUUUUUACUCUCUCUGCGCGCCAACUCGCAUUGCCAUCACCCCACCCACGCCACCAACCCACAUCCAAAACCCACGUAGCUUCAUCCCCUCUCCUCUCUCCACGUCCACAGUUUGGUGUACCCACGCUACUGCUAUGUGACUGUGCACAAAGCCCUAGCUUUUUUCAGUAUAUUUUCGAAGCUUAAAAUGACCCCCAAAUCGUCUUAAUUGGCAGUAGUAAGGAACCAUUUUUCCCCUUGAAAUGGCUCAAUCUGAAAUAAAAUCCGAAAAUGAAGUUCAGAAAUCCAUUUGGUCGGAGGACCAGGAGCGUGUGCCGUUAAAGCAGCGAUUGAAAUUGUUGUUAGCAAGCCAGCGUCUGCAUUUGGGCUUCGACGCUAAACCGGAAAGCGAAAUUGGAGUCGAACCCAUAAAUUCGACUGGCAUUCUAGUAGUUAAAAAGGAAAAUGAUGAAUGUGAUUCACAGCAUUCCAAUUCUGGUUCCGUUCAAGAAGGGAGGGUAUUAUGGGAGAGAAGGCAUUCUGGUGGGUCAAGUGAAUGCAAGAACCAAGGAACUGUAGCAGAUAAUUGCAUGACUACAAAUCAUAUGCCUUGUGUUGUCUCAACACCAGAGAAAGCUGAUUCUAUUGAUGGUAUUUCACUCGUGCAGUCAUUAUUGUCAGAAUAUCCUGUUUUGGUGAAGGUUGAAUGCACUGACAAUGGUGUCAUGAACUCAUUAAGAAAGUGCACAAAAGGUUCCUUUGGGGCUGGCCUUGAAGCGGUUAAAAUUAGAACUCAGAUCUCUGAUGACAUUCUUGAUGAACUUGAUCACGUUGUACUAAAAGAACGUCUAAGGCGGCUUCUAACAAGUAAAUCCUUAGGAACAUUGGCAACUUCUCCCGAGGAUAGUUCUUCCGGGAUAACUAGCCCGUAUUCAGCAGACAGACGUAAGCAAAGGCCUGGAAAAAGAAAACCAGAACAAGAUCUUAGUCAUGAAAUGUUUUCUUCAUCUGGCAAUCAAUUUCAUGAGAUUGACAAGACUUUGCAGUCUGGUUCAUUCGAUGCUUCUACUCUGAAAACAUCAUGCAAACCUCUUCAAUGUACCAUACUGGAGCCUCACUGCCAAGAUAACAAGUCAACUAAUCUAGGAAAUGUGCCAAGCAUUCUUAGAAACAAUAGGAUAUACUCUGAAAAAAAUUUCUCCGAGCAUGAUAUUAGGAAUAUGCCAAGUUCAGCAAUACUGAACUUAGCUCAGGUCAAUGUCGAGCCUUCAAAUCAUAAUGAGUUUAUGAGAGUAGAUGGAAUUGCAGGUCACAUGUCCUUUGAUGUCACUGUUCCAGUAAAAAGUGAAUUAGAAUUACCUGAUGAACAUGGAGAUGAACUGGAUCACAUGAUACUGCAACAACGGAUGAGAUUGUUUUCGUCAAGAGAGGUUCCUCGUUUGGGUAUUUAUGGAAGUUCAGGAUGCCAGAGCAAAUUGUUUCCUUCUGACUUGGAUUGUAGAUCAGUUGCAUCAAAACCUACAAAACCUUUGAAAGUCAACCGUCCACGGAAAAGGCGAAAAACUGCCACAGAUUCAGUUGAAACAGCCAUGGAGGAAGAUGCUCCUGGACUCUUGCAGGUUUUAAUUGAAAAAGGUGUAACAAUUGGUGAAAUUAAGCUUUAUGGCGAAUUGGAGAGCAAUGAUGCUUUGGAUGAUUCGUCCACUGAAGACAACUUUGCAGAGCUUGAAGACAUCAUCUCAAAGCUUUUCUCUCAGCGGCAUACAUUGUUAAAGUUUGCUCCAUUACGACAUGCUAAGGGGGAGAGGGCUCCUUAUUGCUUGGCUUGUCUAUUUUCACUUGUGGAGCAGGCACGAUAUCUGCAGUUCAGAAAGUGGCCAGUUGAAUGGGGGUGGUGCCGGGACCUCCAGUCAUUUAUUUUUGUCUUUGAAAGACAUAACAGGAUGGUGCUUGAACGUCCUGAAUAUGGUUAUGCGACAUACUUCUUUGACUUGGUGGAUUCCUUACCUAUAGGUUGGCAGAUCAAACGACUGGUGACUGCUAUGAAGCUUACUAGCUGUGGCAGGGUUACUUUAAUCGAGAAUAAAGCAUUGCUGGUGGGAGAUGAUUUAACUGAAGGAGAAGCCAAGGUGUUGAUGGGAUAUGGUUGGGUACCAAAUACUGGUCUUGGAACAAUGCUAAAUUAUCGCGAUAGAGUUGUUCAUGACCACAAGAAUGAAAAGGAUAGCUCAGAAUGGAAGUCGAAAAUUGGAAAGCUGCUUAUGGAUGGUUAUAAUGGUGGUACCAUAGUCUCUGGUAUUCCGAGCAAGUUAAUGGAAUCCAACGUUGAUCAGCCUCAUGAAAUCAAGCUAGAACUUAAUUGAAGGUAGCUCGGCAUUCAAAUUUGCAAGUUUUUGUUGAUAACAAAUCAGCAUGUAGUGGGCUUUUGUCUAAAUCUGUUACACAGGUUUUGGCUAUUGCACCAAUUAUAUUUGUGAAAAUUUCCCUUUUUGUUCGCUCUGUAAAUAUUUAUCUGUCCUUGAGGCAUACAAUUUGAAAAUAUGAAUGACGUGCCAGUAGCAUUUACAUUAACAAUCUGUUGGAUCAUAUUUCAUGAA